GCAGCUCCUAUCCCGGGUCAGUGACGCCGCGGCCCCCUCCUACCUAAGUCGGGAGCUCUCCCGGGCGGGGGUGCGGUCGUGCAAGAGGAAGCGGGGCGCUUUGCCACCUUGCCGGGGACAGCCACCUACCCGGCUCCUCACUUAGUCUCGUGCAUUCUCUGGCUCCCCUUCUAUGGUCCUCUGAGCCCCUUGCCUGCACCAGCCAUGCCUCUAAGCCGCAGUCUGUCCAUGUCUUCACUCCCAGGACUGGAGGAUUGGGAGGAUGAGUUCGACCUGGAGAACACCGUGCUUUUCGAGGUGGCCUGGGAGGUGGCCAACAAGGUGGGUGGCAUCUACACGGUGCUGCAGACGAAGGCAAAGGUGACAGGAGAUGAAUGGGGCGACAACUAUUACCUUGUGGGACCAUACACGGAGCAGGGUGUGAGGACGCAGGUGGAGCUGCUGGAGCCCCCAACCCCCUCCCUGAAGAGGACACUGGACUCCAUGAACAGCAAGGGCUGCAAGGUAUAUUUUGGGCGUUGGCUGAUUGAGGGGAGCCCCUUGGUGGUGCUCCUGGAUGUGGGGGCCUCAGCCUGGGCCCUGGAGCGCUGGAAAGGCGAGCUCUGGGACACCUGCAACAUCGGGGUGCCCUGGUAUGACCGUGAGGCCAACGACGCCGUUCUUUUUGGCUUCCUCACCACCUGGUUCCUGGGUGAGUUCCUGGCCCAGAGCGAAGAGAGGCCACAUGUGGUUGCCCACUUCCAUGAGUGGUUGGCAGGCAUUGGACUCUGCCUGUGCCGUGCCCGGCGCCUGCCUGUGGCAACCAUCUUCACCACCCACGCUACACUGCUGGGGCGUUACCUGUGUGCUGGCGCUGUGGACUUCUACAACAACCUGGAGAAGUUUAACGUGGACAAGGAAGCAGGUGAGAGACAGAUCUACCACCGUUACUGCAUGGAGCGAGCAGCAGCCCACUGCGCCCACGUCUUCACUACCGUGUCGCAGAUCACUGCCAUAGAGGCUCAGCACCUCCUCAAGAGGAAACCAGAUAUUGUGACCCCCAAUGGACUGAACGUGAAGAAAUUCUCCGCCAUGCACGAGUUCCAGAACCUUCAUGCUCAGAGCAAAGCUCGGAUCCAGGAGUUCGUGCGUGGCCAUUUUUAUGGGCACCUGGACUUCAACUUAGACAAGACCUUGUAUUUCUUUAUCGCCGGCCGCUACGAGUUCUCCAACAAGGGAGCUGACGUCUUCCUGGAGGCCUUAGCCCGGCUCAACUAUCUGCUCAGAGUGAAUGGCAGUGAACAGACAGUGGUUGCUUUCUUCAUCAUGCCGGCCCGGACCAACAACUUUAACGUGGAAACCCUCAAGGGCCAAGCUGUGCGCAAGCAACUCUGGGAUACAGCCAAUGCAGUGAAGGAGAAGUUCGGGCGGAAGCUUUACGAAUCCUUACUGGUGGGAAGUCUUCCAGACAUGAACAAGAUGUUGGACAAGGAGGAUUUCACUAUGAUGAAGAGAGCCAUUUUUGCCACUCAGCGGCAGUCUUUCCCCCCGGUGUGCACCCACAAUAUGCUGGAUGACUCCUCGGAUCCCAUCCUGACCACCAUCCGCCGAAUUGGCCUUUUCAACAGUAGUGCUGAUCGAGUGAAAGUGAUUUUUCACCCAGAAUUCCUCUCCUCCACAAGUCCCCUGCUCCCUGUGGACUAUGAGGAGUUUGUGCGUGGCUGCCACCUUGGUGUCUUCCCCUCCUACUAUGAGCCUUGGGGCUACACUCCAGCGGAAUGCACCGUGAUGGGCAUCCCCAGCAUCUCCACCAACCUCUCUGGUUUCGGCUGCUUCAUGGAGGAGCACAUAGCAGACCCCUCAGCUUACGGCAUCUACAUUCUAGACCGAAGGUUCCGUAGUCUGGAUGAUUCCUGCUCGCAGCUCACCUCCUUCCUUUACAGCUUCUGCCAGCAGAGCCGGCGACAGCGGAUCAUCCAGCGGAAUCGCACUGAGCGGCUGUCUGACCUGCUGGAUUGGAAAUACCUAGGCCGGUACUACAUGUCUGCCCGUCAUAUGGCCCUGGCCAAAGCCUUCCCAGAUCACUUCACCUAUGAGCCACAUGAGGCAGAUGCGACCCAAGGGUACCGCUACCCACGGCCAGCCUCGGUGCCACCAUCACCCUCCCUGUCCAGACACUCGAGCCCACACCAGAGUGAGGAUGAAGAAGAGCCCCGGGAUGGGUCCCUGGAGGAUGAUGGUGAACGCUACGAUGAGGAGGAAGAGGCUGCCAAAGAUCGUCGCAAUAUCCGCGCACCUGAGUGGUCACGCAGGGCCUCCUGCGCUUCCUCCACCGGUGGCAGCAAACGCAGCAACUCGGUGGACACGGGUCCCUCCAGCUCGCUCAGCACGCCCAGUGAGCCCCUCAGCCCUGCCAGCUCCCUGGGCGAGGAGCGCAACUGAACCCUGCACUCCACCUCACUCCCUUGCCCGCUGCCCUGUGUUCUUCCUGCAGAGAGUGGGUGCAGACAUGCUGUUCCUGAACCCCCCUCCAGACCAUGAGUGGGGUCCACGCUCUGUGUGGUCCACAGCCCAGCCCCUGCACCACUCAUUCGUGGCCCUGCAUCUCCACUGUGGGAGCUCUCACACUCCACAAUGCUGUGCCUUUCUUGGAUUUUAGAAUGCAUUCUGUGCUCUGGCUUGGACUGGGGGCCAGAAGCCAGGAGUCUGCCAUUAUUACUCCGCAAAGUGCUGGAGAUUUUAGGAAACCUGGCCUGUUGUUUUCAGGAUUGGGGCUUCUUUAGCAUAUCCCGCGAUAUACAGAGUUUGUUAUGCUCAGACGUGCCCCAGGGACCACCAUGUGCUGGAAACCCGGUGGCUUCCCUGCAAAUGGGGCAGUUAAGUCCAGAGUGAGCACACUUCAGGGAUUAAGAUAACUGAAUGCUUACAGUCCUCCAUUCUAACCCGAACUCAGGCUCAGGUCUUGGGUAGAAGACCCCUCACUCCAGCUCCUCCAACCUCUAUACUUUGGCCAAGCCUGGCUGCUCAUUUCUUUCAGGGGUGGGGGAUAUUCAAUCUCAGACUAGACACCUUUCUGCCUUCUGGCCUUUCCCUGACCAGAUCCUUCUCCUUCCCUUAGUUAACCAGCCUCUCUUAAGGACAAAACUGGCUGUCUACCCCCACCCCAGCCACUCAGGCCACUGAGAAACCCUUGGGUUUUGGGUCCCAGCUGCUGAACCUGGAACCUUGUCACUGUGCUACACCUUGGGUCCCCUUCCUCAGUCUAGAACCAAAACCAUUGGGUUCUAGAAGACCUACAUUUACCUCGAGGCCCUUCCACCCAAAAGCUGCAUCCUGCCUCCAGCAUCAGGAAACUCCAGGAGAGACUCACGUGUGCUAUGCCUGAUGCGCUGCUUGGUUUGUAGUCAACAGAAGGGUGGAAGGCGUGUGUCAGAGAUGGAAAAAUACACAUGUAUUUAAGCA